AAAGUGUCCAACGGCAAGCUAGACCCAUUAAAAUAAAAUUCACCAUAUGCAAGCGGCGCCUCUUCUCUUUUCGACGAUUUUCAAUUCUCUCUUUUUGGGCGUUUGUUUGUAUCUGUACGUUUUCACCGAUCGACACGCUAGGAGCUCUCUCUACUCUCCGAGUUUUUUUUGAAUCAUACGCAGUUAUCGAUCGAACCCUAAUCGAUUUGUACUUGAAUUUAAGCAAGAUUUCUUAUUCUGUACUGGAAGUAAUUCGAUUGGAAACCUAAUCAAUAAUCCAUGGAGGGCAACGCGAAAGUAGGUUUUGGUGAUGGAAAGACGAAUAACGGUGAGCAAGAACAACGAGAGAACUCUAAUUUGAAUAAUGAACAAGAAACGAUUGCAUCGAUUGAGGCGGUGCCAGAAAGGGCAUACAUGAUGUUAAGGAUGAACAACGAUGGUAGCGAUUAUAGAAGUUGGGAUGGAAGUUAUUUGCAUGAUGAUGAGGACGAUUUUGGUGAUCUUGAUGCGGAUACUGAUGUGGAUGAGGAUGAGUAUGAUGGCACUGAUGCAGAUGCAUUUGAUGUGAAUGCUCAUUCUGAUCGAGAGGAUAACAACCCCAGCAUUGAGUUUGACCCAGCCGUCCAUUCAAGUGAUGAGGCUUAUGCUAGAGCCCUUCAGGAGGCCGAAGAGAGAGAAAUUGCCACUAGAUUGCUGGCACUUGCUGGGAUAAAUGAUGGAGAAAUUGACAACACUGAGGAUCAUGGUGGUAACUCUCAGGAUAAUUGGGACGUAGUUGAUCCGGAUCAACUCUCAUAUGAGGAGUUGCUUGCUCUGGGUGAAGUGCUUGGAAGUGAAAGCAGAGGGCUUUCAGCUGAUACUAUUGCAUCUUUGCCUUCAGUGAACUACAAAGCAGGAAGUAGUCAGAAUGAAAACAAUGAUUCGUGUGUUAUAUGCCGGUUGAACUAUGAAGAUGGUGAGACCUUGACAGUGCUUUCUUGCAAACAUUCCUAUCAUUCUGAAUGCAUUAAUAAUUGGUUAAAGAUGCACAAGGUCUGUCCUCUUUGUAGUGCUGAGGUCUCCAUCUCCGGGCAUAGCUAGUAGCAGCUAUAGCCAUCUCUUUCAAUGACUUUGAGCAUGAGGGUUCAUACUGCUUGUUUAUUAUGCAGUCUCUCUCCUGCUGAAGGAAAGAGCAGAUAUUUGAUCAUCUCCAUCAAUUCUUAUUUCAAUGUAUCAUCAAUGCAUCGGUAUUAGUCCGUGUUUAAUUCAUUUAAGGCAUUUCAGUUUAAGGGAAUCAUUAUAACCAUGGUGGUCUGAUUCUGCUUCAUUUCAUCAGAUUCUUCCAAAGUCUACUGUGAUGUUUGAAGAAGAUGGUCUGUCUGUUAGUGGACUAUGUCGCUUGCAAGUAAUUUUUUGGAUCCUUUUUAUCAGUA